CGCAAGGAAGACCUGUUACUCACUCUUCAAGUCAAGGCUUGGGGUGCUGCGUGACGCUCUGCUGUCAGAAGUCUCAGACUCUGCCUGGCUGUGACACCUUCUUGGAUACUGAAGAUGCUGGCGAUUUUCAAAGGCCUGCUGAAGAGAAAAUAUCCUCAGGAGGAAGACCCGUUAUCCAUCUUAAAGUUGAGGCUCGGAGGAAACGCGAAGAUGAUGGACCCAGGCUUGCGAGCUGAGAGUGUGGCCCACGGUGCGGUGACGUUCGCAGAUGUGGCCGUAGAAUUCUCCCAGGAGGAGUGGGCGUGCCUGGACACCGCUCAGAGGGACCUGUACUGGGAUGUGAUGCUGGACAACUACAGCAACCUGGUCUCACUGGAUUUGGAGUCCGCACAUACAGAUAGGAAUUCAGCAGUAGAAAAGAGCUUUGAUAAAAUGAAUCUUCAGAGGAGGAAUGCACUUGGCAGAAGCAAGUCCUGUCCAGCUGAUGAGAUGAGUGAGUCUGAAAGAGGCCAAGGCUCUGGAGAGGGGGAUCUCAGCCAAAAUGGAGAGCCCAGCCGAGAGGAGAGCCCCAGCCCAGAGGGGAACCUCAGCCGAGGGGAGAGCCCCAGCCUGGAAGGGAGCCCCAGUGGAGAGGAGAGCUCUAGCCUAGAGGACAGCCCCAGCCGAGAGGACAGCCCCAGCCCAGACUGGAGCCCCAGCCGGGAGGGGAACUCCAGCCGAAAGGGGAACCGCAGCCAGUUGGGUUCUCGCAAGCAGCUUCCUGCCAGAGAGCGCACCGCAUCCCGGCUGGCCAGGUCUUACCGGGAGAGCGCCUACGAAUGCACGGAGUGCGGGAAGGCUUUCAGCCGCAGCUACCAGCUGAGCCAGCACCAGAAGAUCCACACCGGAGAGAAGCCCUAUGAGUGCAAGGAGUGCAAGAAGGCCUUCCGCUGGGGGAACCAGCUCACGCAGCACCAGAAGAUCCACACGGGGGAGAAGCCCUACGAGUGCAAGGACUGCGGCAAGGCCUUCCGCUGGGGCUCCAGCCUGGUCAUCCACAGGAGGAUCCACACCGGAGAGAAGCCCUACGAGUGCAAGGACUGUGGCAAGGCCUUCCGGCGGGGCGACGAGCUCACUCAGCACCUGCGCUUCCACACUGGUGAGAAGGACUAUGAGUGCAAGGACUGUGGCAAGACCUUCAGCCGCCUCUACAAGCUCAUCCAGCACAAGAGGAUCCACAGCGGGGAGAAGCCCUACGAGUGCAAGGACUGCGGCAAGGCCUUCAUCUGUAGCUCCAGCCUCAUCCAGCACAAGAGGAUCCACACUGGGGAGAAGCCCUUCGAGUGCCAGGAGUGCGGGAAGGCUUUCACCCGCGUGAACUACCUCACACAGCACCAGAAGAUCCACACGGGCGAGAAGCCUCACGAGUGCAAGGAGUGCGGCAAGGCCUUCCGCUGGGGCUCCAGCCUGGUCAAGCACGAGCGCAUCCACACCGGGGAGAAGCCGUACAAGUGCACCGAGUGUGGCAAGGCCUUCAACUGCGGCUACCACCUUACCCAGCAUGAGCGUAUCCACACCGGCGAGACGCCCUACAAGUGCAAGGAGUGCGGGAAAGCCUUCAUCUACGGGUCAAGCCUGGUGAAACACGAGCGUAUCCACACUGGGGAGAAGCCCCACACGUGCAAGGACUGCGGGAAAGCCUUCAGCCACGGCCACCAGCUCACUCAGCACCAGAAGACGCACGCUGCGAAGCCGCACGUGUGCGACGAGUGCGGGAAGGUUUGCAAGCACGCAAGCCACCUGAAAGGACACCUGAGGGUUCAUAAGAAUUAGAAGCCUUUUGAAAGCAGUGUGGGGCCAGGGAUGUAGCUCAGCAGUACAGCGCCUGCCCAGCAGGUGCAGUGCCCCGAGUUCAGUUCCCGGCACCGAAGCGCCUAUCCUCCUCCACUCAUUCUUUCUCACUAACCAUGAGCAAGAGUCACAAUUAAUUUAACAUAGAAAAGCCCUCCCUUGUCAUUCGCACACUUACGACAUCACCAGUAACACUAGAGGCAAAUGUGGGCCACAGAGAUGUUAUUUUUCUUUAUGAUCACAUGUUCGUCCUGACAUCUUUACCAGCUAGGCCGGCUGAGCACACCAUCGAAGCCUGUCAGCGCCAUUCCAUCUUUAGUACAUUUCAGGUUCAUUCUAGGGAACAACCCAGCUAAACCGUACACGGGGAAACAACACGUGCCCUUGAUCACGGCACAUAGCCCACCGAGGAUCCGCAGUGUCCCGACCCUUUACUCCCUGUGAGACAUGCCAGCACACUUCGUGUCACCCCUGUGCAUUACAGAUGCACCUCAACAUAGGGCUACAUCCUGGUAACAGAGGGUUACAGCCUGGUAAGCCCAUCCCGUGUUGAAAAUACCACUCGAAAAAGCGCUUAAUACACUUGACCGACCAAACAUUGGAACCUAGCCCAAUCUACCUUAACAGUGCUCAGAAUUAUUCCCGUUAGCCUAAAUUGGGCAAAAUCGUCUAAAAGCUUAUUCAGUGAUUAAGUGCUGGAUGUCUCGUGUAAUUUAUUGAAUAAUACGCUGAAAGUAAAAAUUAGUGGCUAUAUGGUUAUGCUUUUGCACCAUUGUAAGUUCAGAAGUCCCUGGUUGCAUUGGGUCCGCUUUUGCACCAUUGUAAAGAUCAGUAAUCAGUGAUUGUGUGGGUUUGCUUUCUCACCGUCGUAAAGUUCCGAAGCCAGUAGUUGUAUGGAUUCACUUUUGCACCAUCCUGCAGCUCAGAAAGCCGCAGCUGUAUGGUUAUACUCUCACCAUUCUAAAGUUCAGAAGUCCGUGGUUGUGUGGGUUCGCUUCUGCACCAUGCUCAAGGUCCGAAUCAGUGGUUGUGUGGGUUCGCUUCUGCACCAUGCUCAAGGUCCGAAGCAGUGGCUCUCUGAUUAUACUUGCACCAUUAUAAAGUUCAAACGUGAGUGGUCGUGUAAGUUCGCUUUCGUACCAUCGUAAAGUUCAGAAAUCCGUGGUUGUGUGGGUUCGCUUUUGCACCAUCGUAAAGAUCAGAAAUCAGUGGUUGUGUGGGUUCGCUUUUGCACCAUCGUAAAGAUCAGA